ACCCCGGCCACCAUGUCCUCUAGCAUCCAAUCCCUUUUAAAAACCGAGAAGGAAGCUGCUGCCAUAGUCAGUGAGGCUAGAAAGUACAGAACCGAGCGGUUGAAGUCUGCAAAGGCGGACGCUCAGAAGGAGAUUAACGAGUACAAGGCCCAGAAGGAAAAUGAGUUGAAGAAGUACGAAAGUGACCACGCUGGUUUGAACAGCAACGUGGAAAAAGAGGCUGAGGCUGUUGUUGAGAAGGAUUUGGCCGACAUCCAGCAGAAGUACGCGGAAAAGAAGGAUGCUGUCAUCAAAUUGUUGGUCGAGGCCGCCACAAAGCCCACGCCAGAAUUGCACAUCAACGCUUAGAUUCGUCAUGCUGAAUUCCUAAUUUUCUGGCAAUCCCAGUUUAACCAGACAUAAGAUUUAUAUAUACAGGUGAUAUUUUAAACCAGCAGAUGCGUCUGCUAGCUUGCUUGCUUCGUAGACCUUCCACAAAUAACUCCGUGUGCACUGGCACCUUGAUAAGCUCUUUUAUAUUGUUUCUAAGUAAAGCUUUUCUAUCAAGCACCACCUUUGGCCAACUUUUUGAGCGCAUUCACCACUCUCCAGAACCGGGUGUCGUAGCUGGCAAUGUUUAGACUACUCACAAACCUCCAUG